AUGAUGAUCGACCCUGCAAUACUCUCAACAAUGUUCCCCUACCACCGGAUCCUCCACUUCUGGGCCAAAGCCUCCUUAUUCAUGAACCCCAUUGCAGACUAUGUCCUCCACUCAGCAGGCAACAUCUCAGUCGACUGCAAAGCCAAAGACUGCAAGAAACUCUUUCUCAGCACAUUUGACGUGCUCUCGCACAGACACGCCAUCAUCAUCUUCCUCGAAGGCACAUCCUACACCAAGCUGCACAUCGUGCAGGUCAAGAAUGGCACAGCCUGGGCUGCGCUUGAGUAUGCCAAGGACACUCUGUAUGCUGCACGCAUGGCGAGGGAUCUGCUCUGGGACAAUGAAAAGUCCAUCAACCUCGAUGAGUUCAUCAUCAUCUCACAACCCCUGGUCGAUCUAUUCUCCACACCCGACUUGGUUCUAAAUUUUUACAGCGAUUCGACGGCAUCUACUCACAUACUACUCACUACUCCAAUCUACCCACCUCACUAA